AUGUCUGACCCCAGUGCAAGAAUCAUCUCGCACAUGAACAAUGACCACCAAUUGUCUCUUAAUGAUUAUGUUGUUAUUUACGGGCAAACUGAUUUUGAAAAGUUAAUUGAGGAUUCUGUCCAGAUAACAGAAAUUGACCCUGAACACAUUGUUUUGGAGUUUAAACUUCAAAACUUGGCAAAAGUCCAGAACUUGGCACUUUACUGGUCUGAUGCACAAGAGUAUGAAAAUAUCACAGUCAAGUCAUGGAGCGAUAUCAAGGGUAAAUUGAUAGCAAUGGCCAAAUAUUGUGCAGAUAAGCGGGGAUUGGCAGUCAAGAAACUAACCAAAGUUGAAGGACCAAGUAUCCUGGGUCCGGCAGCAUUUGAAAGUUUAAGGAUGUAUCCUCAAUGGGCUUUGAUGCUAUUAAACGCUUAUGACCCAAACAUAAUAAGUAGAGCAUUUGCUAAUGAUUUUUUGCUCAACAAAGUCUCUUGCUUUUUACCUACAAGUGUGUUUGCUUUUUACCACUAUGUCUUUGAGAAACAUGUUUUGAAGCUUAUUGCAGCAUACAUUAUAGGCCAUUUGAUUGAGAUUGUAUUUUUCACUCGACCCAUAUUGAAAAAGCAUCGAGCACCAACCAAUGUGAGAGUCAAGUGGUAUCUCUUGAACAUGAUUGAAGGGUUUCCCGUGUUGCUCAGAUUGAAGAAUUUGACAAAAGAUUAA